CGACGUCGUCGACUCACCGAGGCCGACGCGGGCUCUGAACAACCCACUUCUGUCUUUUUCUCGAACAUACACGCACGCGUUCAGCUGCCCCGCUAAGCCAACAGCCGCUGCGUUCCGCGCGCACUCGUCUCCGCCCAUAUUCGGCGACAUGCGCUCGUCCUCUGCAGACACUCAUCCACACAUCCAAGUUCGACAAUAGACUGUCAUAUACAUCGUACUCGACUCAGAUAGACGACCCAUCCUGCACCUCCAGCCUCCGUAUGCCAGCGGUCAUGGCAGCGCACCCAGCAUCCACAAUCUACAUGCCCAUUGUAUCUCCUCCCACUCCCGCCCCGUCCCCUCGUCUUUCCGCAUUCGAACCGCUCAGCAUCAGCGCAAGCAUUGAAGAUCCCGCCUGCCAUGCUCGCCGCGAGUUCGCCUCUCUCGCGCCCGCCCUCCGUUUCCAAUAUCUAGCAGGCCUCCUCGCCGACUGCACACCCGCAGAACUCCUCUUCAUCUCUACCACAAUCACGCCUCUUCUCCGACGAGACUUCCUCAAAGAUCUUCCCGCGGAGCUCGCUUUCCAUGUUUUGAGCUUUAUUGACGACCCGAAGACCCUCGCCAGGGCGAGCAGGGUCAGUCGCACAUGGCACCAACUCCUGGACGACCAAUGGCUAUGGCGGCGGAUGUGCGACAUUCAUGGCUACCCCUUUCCCGAAGGCGAGGACGGCGAGGGGAGUCGCUCCGACGAAACCGUCACGGACGAGGACCUCGAUGCCAUUUCCAACAUCUCAGUUUCUGCUCCGACAGUGUCAACGUUGAGCAUGCAAGAGAUACCUCCUCCGCCUCCUCCGCCGCGCUUCUCCUAUCGUAAGCACUUCCGCUAUGAAUACACUACCACUUCAAACUGGGUACACGGUGGGAAGCUCCUUCGGAUGCACCGCAUGCCACUACUCCCGUCUUCUCGACAAAUCCCGCCACAGAACCCUCCCGCAGACCAUCAAGGCGGACAGGGCACACAACCAUCGUCCGCCAUCCCCACUUCUGUUGCGAUAGACGACAACUGGGUCGUCGUCGGGUUGGCGAAUAGCCGCAUACAUGUCUUCAGCGCCCGAACAGGCGUCUUGAGUCGGACACUGGUGGGCCAUGAGAGCGGUGUUUGGGCGGUGAGUUUGGUGCGCGGGAGCGAUGGCUCAAAGAGCGCCUCCUCGACCAGGCACGACCGAGAAGCUGAGAACGAAGAAGACCGCUCCGACAUCGACGAGAUGGACAUGGACUUCGACGAGGAGUCCCUCGACCCAGCGGACUACGACCCGUUGAUGCCACCUACGCUCCGACAUGCGCUUGGGCUCGACCUCGGGGCGAACAGCGGUGCAAAGCAACAGAGACGGCGCUCGGCGUCGGACGUAUUCAGCCGUGCGGGCGCCCCGAAGAGCGGGAGGCCGAGGACGAGCGGGGGUCAGAGGGCACGGCCUGCGGCGUUCGGUAAGCCGAGCGAACCGAGCGGGGCGUCGGAUGGAUGGGGCCAACCGCAUGCGCUGGUGGUCAGCGGCGGAUGUGACAAGGACCUUAGAGUCUGGGAUGUCAAGUCAGGUUACUGUAUAUACGUCCUCUCCGGCCACACCUCCACCAUCCGCUGCCUCAAGGUCCUCCAUGGCCGCCCGCUCGCUGUUACGGGUUCGCGCGACCGCACCGUGCGUGUGUGGGACAUCCAGCGUGGGCGACUGCUGCGCACGCUUGAGGGGCACGAGCAGAGCGUGCGCUGCCUCGACGUGUGCGACCGGCGCGUCGUGAGCGGGAGCUACGACUGUACCUGUCGCGUGUGGGACAUUGAGACGGGGGCGUGUCUCCAUGUCCUUAGGGGUCACUUCCACCAAAUCUACUCUGUCGCGUUCGAUGGGGUGAGAAUCGCGAGUGGCGGCCUCGACACCACUGUUAGAGUGUGGGAUGCCGCAACUGGGGCAUGUCUCGCACUUCUGCAAGGGCAUACCGCGCUUGUCUGCCAGCUCCAACUCUCGCCGACCAUGCUCGCCACCGGCGGGUCUGACGGGCGGGUCAUUGUCUUCUCGCUCGACAAAUCCUUCACGACGCUCCAGCGGCUCUCCGCGCACGACAGCUCCGUGACGGGUUUGCAGCUUGACGAACGAUUCCUAGUCACGAGCGGAAAUGACGGACGGGUGCGGCUGUUCCGGUUCGACCGGGCGCGAGGGCUGGGCAAGUGCGAGUACGUGAGGGAGCUGACUGAGCCGACGGAGAGCGUGUGGAAGGUCGCGUUCACGCGGGAGACGUGCGCGAUCAUGAGCAAGCGCGGCGGGAAGACGGUAAUGGAGAUGUGGAGCUUCAGGCCUGAGGACGCGGGCUUGGUGAGCGAGUCAUGAGAUGCCCUGAGGCUGCCGCGUCAGAUAGAAAUUUGUGAGUAGGACUUGUCAUUGUUGUAUCUUUGGACACUCGUCGUUGUUGUGUUACACACCGGAUCUACGUUGUCGUAGCGUUUAGCAAAGACUUUCCGCAGCGCUCAGCUGGGUCCACCCGGGUACAAGAAGGUAGUAAGAGACGCAUGCACUACACAAUACAAAGGAAGGAUUGAAAGAUGUAUCAAUAUGGCGG